AUGCUAACCAGUCUGAUUGACAUCCCUACCUACCUACCUACCUACCUACAGGGUGUAAUAAUAAUCGGAGGCAGCGAUGGGACUUCUGCUGCUUUAGUGUGGGCGUUGAUGAAGAAAGUGCAAGCAGAGAUAAGGCGAUUGGUCGGAAAGAAAGACAUAGAGAAACUCCCAAGAGAGACUAUCAAGAAAUGUAGCAUAAAUGGUUAUGAAAUUGAAGGUGGAAGUAUGGUGUUUAUCAAUGCUUGGGCUAUUGCAAGAGACCCCACCACGUGGGAAAAUGCAGAUGAGUUCUUGCCGGAGAGAUUCUUGGCGGCUGAGAUCGACCUGAGGGGUCAGAAUCCGACGGUGAUUCCGUUUGGAUUUGGCCGGAGAGGGUGUCCUGGGAUUGGAAUCCCCAUGUUUGAAAUCGAACUUGCAUUGGCAAAUGUUUUGUGCAAAUUUAAAUGGGAAUGGCAAUGCAUAAGAAGAAUGCUCUUCCCCUUGUUCCUAAACUCAUUUAGUAAAGCUUGA